AUGACGUUUGACAUGAUGAAGCUCUGGGAGGGAGAUGGGACCGCCGCUUCUGCCAAGAACAUGGCUCUUGAACUUCUCGGUGUAAUGAGUGCUGCAGUCUCCAAGCUUCGCUCACACGUUCGUAAGGUCACUUAUUCCAUGGAUGGAAGCGAUUCCAACGAGUUAUCGCGGUACCUGUCUGAGCCUGAAGGUGAUCCCCUCCUCUUCAUCUUAUAUCUUGACGGAAAAGCAGCGCAACCUCAUGUCGCCAUUUUCUACGUCAUAGAGAGUGAUGAUGAGGCUGUUAGAGGUACCUUGAGUGCUGCGUGGAACUUCAUGCAAAGGCAUGCUGUGCCUAGCAUUCUCAUCUCAAACGACGAGGUCUACCACCAGCUUACUGCAAUGUGGGACGACAGGAUCAACCAGCACGCUAUGAACAUCUGCGUCACGCUCGAUCUCCUCCCGCAAGUGAGGGUCAUUGAUGAGCUCAAGAGUGACAUGUGCCGUAUUUGUCCGAAUACGAAGCGUUGGAUUGCGGAGUUUGAUCGAAUCAUGACGCUGCGAGUGGACAAUGCUUCGGAGGCUUUGGUACCGGAAGCUCGGGGGGCAUGGGUGUGGAAGAUCAAUGUUGAUGAGGUUCUGUACACGACGUGGAGCUCGAAGCGAGCAUGGAGUGGUGUCAGUUCUGGCACAGCGUACGACAAGACUGUGUCGAAAUGUUCUUUGUCAAAUAGAAAGAAGGUUAGCAGCGGGAACAAGGAUGAGGGUGACGAUGAUGAUAAUGACCAAGAGGAUAGCGACGACAAUGGGACGGACGAUGAGGACGCGGAAGAGGACAAUGGCACUCAUCAGAAAGGGGAAAGGAAGGCAUAA